AUGCUGUUUGGCAGUAAAGAAGAAGAUUUUUGCUUAAACGCAAAAAUGUUCAUCGUGCUUACUUUAACUGUACAAGGAGCGAUAGCCGAACUGGUCGUAGUAAAUGCUACGAAUCGGGAACCAAAUGAAUCAACGGAGUUGUCCAACUACACUGCCCCAUCACACAGCUCAUUUGUGCAGCUAAGACAUCUGGAAAGAGUGAAUGUCCCAACCGAUAAUAAAUUAACGGACCUUUGCACGAGUGCAACAAAGGCAAAAGACUGCAACGAUCAAUACGUCGAAACAAUUCUGUCGACUGUGGCUGGUCUAGGCCGUCAUAUUGUCACCGUUUUUGGAUUCAUCUUAUUCCUGGAAAAGUUGAGUAGCUUACAUUUGCGAGUUCUGAUAAACUGUCAAAAAAUGGUGUGCGGGCCAAAAUGUAUGGCGUUCAUGAUCUUCAUGAGCAUUUGGGGCACCAUAUUUUUGUCAAUCGUCGGCGCUCUGUAUUAUAACGAAUCUGUAGGCCUAUUCGAAGAUAUGCCCAAAGGAGAUCCGAAAAAAUGUCACAUUCGAGACUGGGAAUGUCGCAAGAGGGAAAUCAUCGAGUAA